AAAAAAAACCCUACUUUUGUUUGGUUUUUAUCACACUUCUGAGUGUUAAUGUAUAUGCUAACAAGUAAAUUAAAAUAAUAUGGUUGGUACACUUGUGAAUUCUGAAGUGAGAAUUUAAGGAGUUGUCGGUCUUGGAGGUAUGAUUUGGUGUUGCAGCUCUGCUCUUGAAAAAGGCUAGAAGAAAGAGGUUAGAAAUUGUAUGCAUCAGUUAAUUUGGGUGGGGAACAGAAAUAGAAUUUGCAUUAUUUAUGGAUGGGAAGUCCUAGAUGCACAUGUCAUUCAUUCUUGUACACAUUGAGCCUCAAAAUAAGUAACUUAUUUUAGGUGUGCGAUAUAAAAAUUGUGAUAAGAGAGCAGAUAUUAUCGAAAUAAUUCAGCUGGAUGAUUUUAAAGUCCCUGCUAAAUCAAUCUGGUUUGUUUUUGAAAAAUGUCUUUCAUGCUUUCAUUACUGAAACUAUAUUUAAAAAAAAAACAAACUAGGUUGUAUUUUUGUAUUCAAUAGUAAUUUUGAAAGAGUGAGAAACAUUUGGGGAAUUAAUGGUGACUAUAAGAGCAUGGGGCUGCAAUGGAGUUGCUUAUUUCAACAUGUUGGUCUACUUUGGACUUCAGUUGCUAACAAACUGUUAUUGUGAGAGGGAUUUGAGCUUUCCUCCUGAGAAUUUCACUUUUUGGGAGGGGUCAGGGAAGUGUCAUUUUUUAAUCAGGUCACUUCUACACAUCUUUGCAGUAAGCAUUAAAGUUUGUACGUUGGUCAGUUCUGUUUCAGAUCACCACUGCCUAGCUUUGAGAAGGUCAGUGUUCCAGCAGGUGCUCAGUCUGCACUGGGUCAAACUCCGUAAUGAAAGGUGAACAUCAUUAUCCCUACAUUUAUUUUGAAUCUCAACCUGAGCUCUAGUCUAGAGAGACUGAAUCAAAGUAUGGCUCAUGAUUUUGAAGUAGCUAGUUCAGUAACCUGAACUAACAGAUUAAAUUUCUGUUUAUUACAGUGUAAGGUGAGUUUUACCUUUUCUAGUAACUAUGAAAUGGUUAUGAGUGCAUACUACUUUGUUUUUAAAUGCACAGGAUGGUUCAGGAAAAUGCGAUCAUCAGUUCUUGUUCAAAUGCAAAUUUUAGACUUUACUGCCAUUACAGUGGUGUGAUUUUUGUGGUAGUUCUAAGUCUCAAAUCCUACAGCACCAAAAAAUUAUGGAAAACUUGCAAAAUAAUGCUGGUGAAACAGAUGAAUGAUUUGCAAUGUGGGCAGUUUACUUUAGCACAGGAAUCUCAAUGAGCCCUCCUGAUCUUAUGCUUACAAAUCAGCCUGGUUUCCAACGUGCAUUGAAAAGACUUGAUCCAAAAUCUGAACCCAUGUAACGAGAGCAAGAAAAAUGAUGAUAGACAAAAUACCUCAAAUAACCUCCUCUAUGUCCUUUUAAACAUUCAUCUACCAUCAGCAAAGGUUAUUGCUGUGAGCUGCGCUUACUGUAUUCAUUGAAGAAAGGGUUUACUCCAUUUUUUUGUUAAGAAUACAUCCUCAUAAUUGAAAUGAGCAUCAUCUGUGUUGUCCAUUUAAGUAAGGUGAAUAUCACACAGGCUUUUCUGUAUUUCCAGUUGGAAUGGGUUCUGAGUGAUUAAAACCUGAUCCAGAGCUGUCUGAACAUCCCAAGUAUGUGGUGGUUUAGAAAACAGGCCUCAUUUAGACUUUUCUGUCUAGAGCUUUGAUAUCAUUGUUUGAUGCCCAUGACUUUGAACUGGAUCUGUGGCUUCAAAGAGGAUCCUCCUCAGAUGUUUUUCUUUCACUCAGCCUUGUCUUAACAUCUGACAUAGGUGUUGUUGGGUGGUGCUGCUCUGUGUGGAGAAAUAAUCAAUCAAAAGGUACAGAAGAUGCCUUGUGCUUUGGCUAGCCUGAGUUUGUCUUGCCAAGCAGGACUGAAUUCAAAGCAAAGGAUUGGUUUUGCUUUUUUUUUUUUUUUCUUUCCCUUUCUCUUGGCAAAUUACGGAGUUUUUAAGUUCUCAUUACUGCCCUCCACUGGGAACUGGGGAAAGUUGUUUUGUUUUGUUUUUUUAAUAUUUACAUGGAAACCACUUGGAAUAGGAGAAACAUGUGAGGAUCCACCCAUUUGGGUGGCUAUAGCCAAUUUAUGAGAAGUUUGCUGUCCUGGAGACACCUCAGCUCCUGUGGCAGUAAUAAAUAGCAGAGAACAAAAUGAACUGGCAUGUCAAGAUCUUGUUCAAUUAGUAAUUCAGCUCAAGAGUGAAUAGAUACACUGCAUAUGUUUAAUUUCUGAGGGCUCAGCAGUGUGCCUUCAAAAGGAUAGCUGUACUUACAUUCGUGCUGCUUACCUUCAGAACUUAUGUGUGAUCACAGGAUGAAGCUCUUAUACUGCUGUAAUGAAAUUGCAUCCCCCUAAAGACAUGUUUCCAGCUUUCAGGACAAAGGCUAAAGAUAAAACUUAAAUCCAGACAAAUUACUGCAUCUCACGAGAACAGCAUUUACUUGAUGAGGGGCCUUUUUUUCCUGUUCUCACCUCUGUAGAAUACCCUGGGCCCGUAAGCGCUCCAGUGUUAAGAUGAAAAUCUUCUCGAAAAUGUAUUUGCUACAUUUGAAAGCAGUACAGCCAUCAACUUCUUAGCUGCUCUGUUUGCUGAUACUGAGGAGCCCAGGAUUUUUGACUAUUCAAAAUGAAUGAACAUCCUAAAAAGAGGAAAAGGAAGACUCUACAUCCUUCUCGAUAUUCAGAUUCUUCCGGUGCAAGCAAAUACAUAGACAACAGUGGAAUUUUUUCUGACCACUGCUAUAGCGUCUGUUCUAUGAAACAGCCAGAUAUAAAGUUUUCUGAACACAGAGGUAGAUUCCACAGUCCUGCACAGAGCCUGGACACAGAUGAUGAUGGGAGCCCAGUGCAUGCUGGCACUUCUCAGUGGGCCCAUUCAAACGCUGUGGGGUUUCACUAUACAGACCCUAAAAAGAAAGAGAGAGGUAAAGAUAAAGGUACUAAUAAUGGCAUGUGCAGAGACUUAUGUGAUUCACCUAUAUUCAGCGACAGCCCUACAGAAGAAGAGAAACCUCUAGAUAUUCAAACUGUAGAAAUCUCUACAACAGAAGUGAAUGCUGUAGAAGUUCACGAUAUAGAAACACAGACUGUGUCACCUGAGAAGCUAGAAGCUGAGGACCUAGAGGAAAUCCCUCUGGAAACCUGUAAAAUCUUUGAGAAGAACCAGGCUUUGAAUAUCACUGCUCAACAGAAAUGGCCUUUGCUGAGAGCCAACAGCAGUGGCUUAUACAAGUGUGAGCUCUGUGAGUUUAAUAGCAAGUACUUUUCUGAUUUGAAGCAGCACAUGAUCCUGAAGCAUAAGCCGUGUACAGACACUCAUGUCUGUAAAGUUUGUAAAGAAAGCUUCUCCAGCAAAGUGCAGCUCAUUGAACAUGUGAAGCUACAUGAGGAGGAUCCGUACAUCUGUAAAUACUGCGAUUACAAAACAGUGAUAUUUGAGAAUCUGAGUCAGCACAUAGCAGACACUCACUUCAAUGACCACCUUUAUUGGUGUGAGCAGUGUGACAUGCAGUUCUCCUCGAGCAGCGAGUUGUACCUGCACUUCCAGGAACAUAGCUGUGACGAGCAGUAUUUGUGUCAGUUCUGUGAGCAUGAAACAAAUGAUCCCGAAGAUCUGCAUAGCCAUGUGGUGAACGAACAUGCGUGUCGGCUGAUAGAGCUAAGUGACAGCUAUAAUAACAAGGAGCGUGGACAGUACAGUCUCAUAAACAAAAUCAGUUUUGACAAAUGCAAAAACUUCUUUGUAUGCCAAGUGUGCGGCUUUAGGAGCAGGCUGCAUACGAAUGUCAACAGGCACGUAGCUAUUGAACAUACCAAAAUAUUCCCUCAUGUUUGUGAUGACUGUGGGAAGGGCUUUUCAGGUAUGUUGGAAUAUUGCAAGCAUUUAAGCUCUCAUUUAUCUGAAGGGAUUUAUUUGUGUCAGUACUGUGAAUAUUCAACAGGACAGAUUGAAGACCUUAAAACUCACUUGGAUUUCAGGCAUUCAGCAGAUUUGCCUCAUAAAUGUACUGAUUGUUUAAUGAGGUUUGGAAAUGAAAAAGAUCUUUUAAGUCAUCUUCAGAUACAUGAGACAGCAUGAUGACUUUUUUUCCCUGUAAUCAGUUUGUUAGAACUGGAAUUAAUUUCCAGUCACUGAAAUGUGAUAUUAAAUACAAUUUUAACAGCAACUGUACAAUUCUAAUGUUUUCAUCUUUGUAUCAGCAAAGCAUGUAUAACAACCUGGUAUUAUGAAUUUCCUUAUCUAGAGGUGUCAGUAGGAAUAAUCACAUUUACGGUGUGAUGGAUCAGAUUUUGGGGGAAGGGACAGUUAGACUAGUUGCAUGUUGUGAUUGCAGUUCUGAUGGUCAUCCCGCACUUCCACAUCUGAUGUACAAGACCAGCUCUCUCAAGUUUACAAAGGGACAAAGAGAAAGCCAUCAUCUAGUUCCAUGCUUAAGUAACGCCCCACCAAUCUCAAUUGCAUAUCCAGCUCAUGUUACCCUCUGUGGCAGCAAGUCAUGGUGCUGAUGUUUAACAACUUGCACCAUCCUGCCAAAGAUGAGGGUGUUCCAAAAGUUCCCAGGCAUGGAUGUCUCCAAAUUGACAUACCAGCCUCCAUUUCCCACUUCAUACUCUGGAUAAGCUUUAAAAAUUGUUCCUGUUUUUCUCUUGGGGUACCUAUCUGACCUCUUUGUUCAGUGUUUAAUUUCAACUCCUGUCUGUGGAACUAUCCGACAACUGACUCUUCCAUACAUUUACUACAGACCUCACACAUCAUUUUUGUCUCUUCUAUUUACCUUCAGUUCCUAUCUUUUAAUGCACCAAGGAAACACAUUGCUGGUGUGUAGACUGGGUCAUGUUUUAAGGAGUAAUCGUAAGGGAAUUUGCGAAAUGGUCCAGCUGAGAACAUACGAAGUGUGAUUUUUCUUAUCUAAAAUCCUAAUUUAGUUCUCACUGAAAUGAUGUAUGUCACCAACCUCAUUUAGAGCAAGCUUCUAUUAGUCUAUAAUUAUAUUUCAUAACUCCAUACUUAUAAUUAGCUUUCCACUGCUAGUAAUUGGAGGACUAUUAUUUUAAUUCUGUAAAAUUAAAACUUUUCCUAUAUACUGGCUUAAGACACUGAUAAGUACAAAAAUGUUAAUAACUUUAAUGACUUUCAAAUGAUUUUACACAUCUGUUCAGAUUAGAUAGUGCUGUCCUGCCACUAUAAUCAUUGUGAGUUAUUUUUUACAAUUCAUUCUGUAGCUGUAUUUCUGAGUGGAUAGUUGGACAGAUAAAAAUAAGGGUGAGGUCAUUUAGGUUGUGCUAGUUAUCAGGGUGAAAUUACCCAUAAAUUAGUGGUGGAGUUCACGUUUCUGCAUUGAUUGUAAAUUUGUAAUGUAAGAUUGUCUAAUGCAAGCUUUGUAUAGAUAUAAUUAAUGUAUAGAACAUUUCUUGAUCAGUGAGAUUUGGUGUUACCAGCUUCAAAGCAUGCAAGGGUCUUUGCAUUUGAUUUUUAAAGCUAAGGAUAAAAGUUGGCAGAAUAUAGUUAGUUAGAAUAUAGUUAUGGAAGUUCCAGUUUCUAAAGAUAAAUUUCUGGAAAAUCUGCUAUGACCCAGUUGGUGUAUAUUUCUUUGUAGGAGGCAAGACCAUUUUCAUAAUUCUAAAAUGCUGAUUAACUACUAAAUCUUCCGUGUAGUCACUGAAAAGGGUAACCUGAUGGUGUCCUGACUGUAUUUUAUUAGUCCAUUGUAUAGAGAAUGACAAUGUCUGAUAGAAUUGCUAUUUUUUUUAUUUUGAACACAUUCAUCCUGGCUGGCUUAAAAUGGUAGCAGUAAUAUAGUUAACAAAGCACUAAGAAGAAUGACUUUAUGUAUGGAAAGUUAAUUUUGUUCGUAUGGGUAUAACCGAGAGGGGGGAAUGCUGGUUCUCUUAAAACCCUGCUCUUGGUGACAACACACAAGUGGAAUGGCACAGUUGAGCUCUGGAGGGAAAGUCACUCCAGGGGUCAGUGACCAGAAGUGGAAAAAAAGACACUUAAAAAAGCCCCCCAAAAUAAAUAAGUGGGCUGAAGAAGGAUGUGUGUUUGUAUAGACCAGCAUUGUGUCCAGUGCAGAAAGGUGGUCUCUUGUGAAAGCACAGAGCCCUGUGAUGCAGAAAACUUGCUUGUUGACUCCUGAAUAAUUUAAAGUCUAUCACUGAACUGUGGUAUUUAUAAUCACUUAACUGGGAAUUAAAAUAAUACCCCAUAGGAAUGUUACAAAGUCAAAUCAUUCCUAGAUAAAAUGUGCCCUACAGUCUCUAAGUAGGAAGUAUAUUCAAGUUUGUCAUAGGUUGGAUUUUAUGAGGGACUAAUGUCAGUAUUUUAUUUUUAAUAUCAAAUGGAAAGUAAAUGGAAAUGUACAGGCGUAGCUUGUCUCAUUUUACCUUAGCAGGAACACAAGUAGGGUAUCGGCUUCCACAUGAUCAGCAUGCUAAAACAAGAAAGAUAUUAAGUAGUAGAUAAAAUAGGUAAUGAGUGGAGUCUAUCUAGAAGUUGGAAGGCUGAAAGGAAUGAAUGUACAUGCCAAGGACAGUAUGUUGUCCCCAUCAAAGGGAAGAGGUUUAUUUAUGUGAAGCAUGUAAGUGGAAGGUCAGCGCUCUGACAUUGCUGCACCGAGGUGCACCAAGAGCACGUGCGUGCAGCUGGUCUGAUACUGCCAGAGACUGAAGUUGUCUUUAACCCUAUAGCUUGAGUGAUUCAUCUCAGUCUUGAACGAGGGAAAUUAACUAGUAAUCAGAAGUAUGCCAGUAUUUUUUUUUUCCUCUGAGACACUCCAUGAGUGUAUCAAAUUCAGUUGUUUGUUGUUCAUUACAUUGAUGCUUGCAACAUUCAUCAAUUUCAGGAACAGCUUUCUAACUAGAAGCUAUACAAAAUCACAAGGUUGGUUUUGGAAGUAAAUUUUAUUUGGAAGUAAUUUUUAUUUUCGAUUCUUUGCUUUUCAGGCUUUUGAGCCUUUAGAUUAGGUAUGUCCUGUGUAGGUCAGCUUCCUGGAUCAUGUUUCUUCCUGAGAAAAUAACGGUUUUAUAUGAAAGAUUGACCUCAAAAUUUAGAUGGCACAAAUUAUUUACAUGGCACCAAUUAUUGCAAGAACUUAAAAUACAGCAAAUUAGUAGUUCUCAAUGUAUUCUCUGUAACAGGUGUCGUUUAUUUUCAUUGUUUGCGGCUGUUCUCAUUUUCUUACGCUCUUGUAUCAAAUGGAUAAAUUAUCAGUGCUUUUUAACUCCUGAAAGUUCUUCGCGUUUGUCCUUUUAGCUGACUUUGAUUAAACCAUGGCGCUGACACUACGCACGAACCCACA